GUGACACAAUACUUUUUCUGUAAAUUUUACAUCUGGGUCACAUUAUCUUGUGGAUUACUUAUAUGUUCUGUGGAAUACUUCGUCUUGUCAAGUACCAAGAAAGGUUAUGUAGCUAAAAUCCCUCACAUUUUUGAAUAUUUUCUAACGAUUUAAAAAAUGAAUACAAUAUCUUCUAAGACAAUUAGAUUAGCUGAAAAACUAGGAAUAUCGAGAUUCGCUAGUACAGCCGUAUCGGGAAAUGAAGUGUCGCAGGUAUUCACAAACAGAAACCCAAGAAAUUUGGAAAAAAUGAGAAUUGGAUAUAAACCAGAUGGAUUCCAUGUAGAUAGUCUUGGAAAACGAUAUUGGCACAAAUUAGAAUUAAAAGUAACGGGCAGAUAUGUCACUGCAAUUAUAAAACACUUUGAAAAUGGAGAAGUUCUGAGGGCAAGUACUUCAGAAUGGGCAAUCAAGAAGCAGCUUUAUAAAACUAAAGAUACAUCAGCUUACGUAAAUUUGGGAAGGGUUUUGGCUGACCGAUGUUUACAAUGUGGACUUUUAGAGAUAGGAUGUUUCAUACAACCAGCAUCGCCUGAUCAAAAAGUAGCCCAAUUUCUGAAGGCAGUUGAAGAUGGUGGGGUCUCAUUGAAAGAGCCAGAACAAUAUAAGGCUCCAAGACCAUCAGAUCCAUAUAGACCAGAAAAACCAUGGGAAGUUACAGAAUAGAUAUUAGAGUAUUAAAAUAAAAUAUUGUUUAGAAUUUAUUUUUUUUAUUUAGAACAUAUAAACAAUGCUAAACAUUUCA